AUGAGCCCAUGCAGCAGCAACUGGACGGGCAUCGCGUGCAGCACGGUGCACCGUGGCAACCGCAAAUCGCUGGUGGUGACCAGAAUCUCCCUGCCGAACUCCAGCAUCAAUGGCCAGAUUGGUGAGCUCAACUUCUCAGCACUCCCAUUCCUCACAUACAUCGAUCUCAGCUUCAACAGCCUUCAUGGAGAAAUCCCACUGUCUGUCACCUCCCUGAAUGCACUCUCCUACCUUGAUCUCAGUGUCAACUCGCUAACUGGCCAAAUACCUAAAAAUGAGAUCAGUGGAUUCCUUCCCCAAGAGAUAGGGUUGCUGCCCAAUCUGAGCUAUCUAGUUUUAUUUGGGAACCAAAUGAGUGGCCCCUUGCCCUCUGGUUUCUGCAAAGGAGGGAAACUCCAAUGGUUCAACGUUGGUGACAACUUGUUCACGGGCACCAUUCCUAAGAGCCUUCAAACAUGCAACAGCCUGAAGCAGCUUGGCCUGUCUUUCAACCACCUGAUGGGAGAUAUAUCAAAUCUUGGGCCAUACCCACAUCUUAUUGAAGUAGGCUUAAGACGAAACAACCUCAGUGGGCAAUUGUCAAAAACAUGGGCUUUAAGCAUCAAUUUAACAAAGAUGAUUAUUUCUGAAAACAUGAUUUCUGGGAGCUUGCCACUGGAGUUAUCAAACCUGGUAAACCUGGUGGCACUUUCACUACACACAAACAACUUAACUGGCAACAUACCACCAGAAUUAGGCAAUCUAGGCAACAUGUACUCGCUCAACCUAUCACGUAACCAAUUUUCUGGUCAUAUACCUUCUGAACUUGGUCGGAUGAGAAAUUUGCAGUUCCUUGAUAUAUCUCACAAUAAGUUUAGCGGGUCGAUACCAGAAGAGCUUGGCAGUUGUACUAAACUACAGUGCUUGAUGAUUGACCACAACAACUUGAGUGGAUAUUUGCCAUUGGCCAUUGGUAACCUGGAGAACCUGCAGAUUGUAUUGGAUCUAAGCAGCAACAAGCUCACAGGUGAGCUACCAGCACAGCUCGGGAACUUGGGAAUGUUGGAGUUCCUGAACCUCUCACACAAUCAGUUCAAUGGAAGCAUUCCAUCCUCCUUCGGUAGAAUGAUUAGUUUGUCAACACUUGAUGUGUCAUACAACAAUUUGGAAGGACCGGUUCCAGAGGGACGACUAUUCCUUGAUGCCUCAAUAACAUGGUUCGUCCACAACAAAGGUCUCUGUGGUAAUAUCUCGGGCCUGCCAACAUGCCCUCCAGCUCCAAUAGUGGAAUAUCACAAAAGAAGAAUUCACAGCUUCGUGCUAGCUAUUUCUAUCCCAGUGUGCAUAGCUGUUAUCAUCAUAAUUUUUAUUAUAGUUAUAAUUAUUCCCAAAAGGAAAAGACCACAAAAAACUACGGCCACAGAUACAAGAGAUGUGCUUUCAGUGUGGAACUUCGACGGGAAACUAGCAUUUGAGGAUAUUAGUAGGGCAACAGAAAACUUCAGUGAUAGGUACAUCGUUGGCUCAGGAGGGUAUGGCACUGUCUACAAAGCUCAGCUUCAAGAGGGGAGAUUGGUUGCAGUGAAAAGGCUUCACCAAACUGAAGAGGCGAUGAGCGAUGAAAAAAGAUUUCUUAGUGAAAUCAAAGUGUUGACAAAGAUCCGGCAUAGAAGCAUCGUCAAGAUGUAUGGGUUUUGUUCCCAUCCAAGGUACAAAUUUCUAGUGUAUGAUUACAUUGAGAGAGGAAACCUUCAUGUUAUCCUGGGAAAUGAGGAACUUGCAAAGGACUUGGACUGGCAGAAGCGAGUUGCUGUUGCAAGGGACGUGGCUCAGGCUAUCUACUACUUGCACCAUGAAUGCGACCCACCAAUAAUCCAUCGUGAUAUAACAAGUAACAACAUCUUGCUAGAUGCAGAUUUCAAUGCUUAUGUUUCAGAUUUUGGAAUAGCAAGGAUGCUAAAGCCUGAUUCAUCCAAUUGGAGUGAACUAGCAGGAACAUAUGGUUAUAUAGCACCCGAGCUUUCUUACACAUCAGUGGUGACAACAAAAUGCGAUGUCUACAGCUUUGGUGUAGUUGUGCUGGAGAUUGUUAUGGGGAGAUACCCCAUGGAGCUGCAGUCCCUUGCUGCCACAGGACAGCAUCAAGAGCUUGCGAUGGAGGAUAUGUUGGACAAGCGCCCAUUAACACCAACAGUUGUGGAGAAGAAAGAAGUUGCUGUUCUUGUGGAAGUGGCAUUUGCUUGCCUGCAAACUUCUCCUCAGUUUAGGCCAGAGAUGCAGGAUGUCUAUCAGAAACUGGCUCUGCACAAACCUCCUCCUCCUUUAGCCUCACCAUCUCAUGCACCUACACCAGAAGAAAUAAGAGAAGUCUAA